AUGUACAAGGGAAAACCUCGUUCGGGAAACCUGCUCGGCGCGCCGUCCAUCGAAAGCGGCGACCAGCUGUCGAUUGGCGAGUUGUCUAAGGGGGAAAAUGAGGAACUUGCCCCAACCAUUGAUCGCAAAAAGGUCAUGGAACGUCUGGAAACUCUAGUAAACGAAAUCCAAGCCUCGGCGGCCGACGAACCGGAAGAAAACGCUUCCACCACGGAGUUUGGCAACCUAAAGACCCUUCAAAGGUAUUUACUAAAAGCACAAAUUGCUCUUCAUGAGUUAGACAAUGAGCGAACCGAACAAGUGGCAACCAUACUUGGGAUAUCCAAAACCGAUUUUACUUCCGAAAAAGACAGCCUGAGCCAGCACUCUGCUGGCGAAGUUGACCUGCUGCAAAAAGAUGAUACUUCCUUAGAUUUUGCGGCCCACCUAAAACGACAGAAGCUCCAAUCUUUAAUUUACAUAUCCCAGCUAAUCGUGUUACUGAUUAUGUACUUUGGUCUAUUCAUGGCUUACAAACACGCAGCCGCAUUGAAAGAAAAACUAAUUCUGGAAAAAUCCAAACUCCUGGACAGUUUCUCAACCUCCGAUCCAAAAUGCCAAGCAGAAUUUCAAAUUCCCGAUUUUUCAAAGAUAAAAUGCUACACUGCUGAUGGUAAUCUUAAAUCAAAAGUACCGACAGAGAUCGGGUCGGUAUGCGAAUUUUCAUGCCAUUCUGGUUAUCGGUUAACUGGGAAAAGCACCACUAAAUGUGUUUUGAACAAGUACAAUGCAAGCUGGUCCAAACCAUUUCCCGUGUGUAAACAUUAUCCUUGUUCUGCAGUACAAGACCGAGAUUGCAAUGGCUUACGAAACCUUGGAAUUGCCCACGAAAGCGGGGUUUAUGAAGUUGUUCAGUGUCAAACAUACAAAACCUUGCAAGUUUAUUGUAACUUCCUCGCUGACGGUGGUGGGUGGACGGCAAUACAACGUAGAUUGGGCCCUGACACCAGCUUUGAUAAAACACAACGCGAAUUUCAAACCUAUUUCGGUAAAGCAACGGGUAGCUAUUGGCUUGGGCUAAGCAACAUUAAUGUUCUGACAAACGCAGUGCCUCAGUCUUUGCUUGUAAUAUUAAUUGAACGAAAAACUAAUUCAAAAGCAUACGCAUUUUACGAUUAUUUCGCCGUAUCGAACUUCAAAGAAAUGUACCGACUACAUGUUUCAGGCUAUAAUCGCCAAAAGGCGCUUGCAUUUGGCAAAGAAGCGGGUGAUGGGUUACAAGUUUCGAAUGGAAUGCAAUUUACAACUAAGGGAGAGGAUCGUGAUUGGAACGCGUUGAAAAAUUGUGCGAAGCUUGCCAACUCAGCCUGGUGGCAUAGAAACUGCACAGAUGCAAACCUUAAUGCAGAAUACAGCCUAAGAUCAUCAUACGGGAAGCAGACGUUGUAUUGGAGGCCAUGGAAAAAAAUGGCCGCUCUAAAAAGCGUUGAAAUGUUUAUUAGGCCAAAAAUAAACUGAUUUCAAAUGGUGGUUUAAAAAGAUCCGACACAGCAUUAUACGCAAUACGCCCUUAAAUUUAAAAAAAUAGUAGACAUUUAACGUCUGGACAAAUGAUGACAUCACUGAAGAACACGCAUUGUGUUUUAUUCACGUCUGGGAGACCAUAAGGAAACCCACAAAAAGGGGGAAGUUACACGUAAAAUAAAUUUAACGUCCAAAGCACUAUAUUUUUAUUAGAGU